AUGUCGACCGGACAAAAGACGUCGGGCCCCCAGGGCAACGACCUCUUCACCCGUGACCACCUCUUCGACCUCACCGGCAAGGUGGCCCUCGUCACCGGCGGCGCCACGGGCAUCGGCCUCAUGGCCACGCAGGCCCUCGCCGCCAACGGCGCUCGCGUCUACAUCGCCUCGCGCAACCAGGACAAGAUCGACAACGCCGCCAAGACGUACGGCCAGAACGUCGCCGGCGAGAUCAUCCCGCUGCAGGCCGACGUCACGAGCAAGGCCGACAUCGACCGGCUCUUCGCCGAGAUCGAGUCGCGCGAGGGCGGGGUCCUCGACGUGCUCGUCAACAACGCCGGCGUGUCCUCGGGGCCCGUCGAGGUCGAGAGCUCGGGCGCCGAUGACAUGGCCUCGACCCUCUUCGGCUCCGACUCGUCCACCUUCGACGACUGGACCGAGACGUACCGCACCAACGUCGCCGCGCUCUUCUACGUCGCCGCGCGCGCCCUGCCGCUGCUGCAAAAGUCCACCGACCAGCGGCCCGGCUGGUCCGGCGCCAUGAUCAACAUCAGCAGCAUCAGCGGCAUGAUCAAGAAGUCGCAGCACCACUUCUCCUACAACGCGUCCAAGGCCGCCGCCAUCCACGUCAACCGCAUGCUGGCCGAGGAGGUGGCCGCCAACGGGCUCAAGGUGCGCGUCAACAGCAUCGCCCCGGGCGUCUUCCCGAGCGAGAUGACCACCAAGGAGCCGGCCGACGACGAGCAGAAGAGCGCCAUCCCCAAGAGCAAGUACGCCGACAAGGUGCCCGCGGGCAGGCCCGGCAAGGACGAGGACAUGGCCGCGACGGUGCUGUUCUUCGCAUGCAACCAGUACCUCAACGGGCAGACGCUCGCCGUGGACGGCGGGUAUACGCUUGCUGCUGGAUUGUGA